AUGUCGCUGAACGGCCUGGACAAUGUCGAGGUAACACAGGCGUACCAGGGUGCCCUCGCCGAGGCUGGCGGUUGGUUCCUGCUCAGAUACACAUCAAGGGAUGCUGUCCAAGUCCUGACGCGGGGAACUGGCGGUGCCGGAGAGGCGCGCGCUGCUGUCGCCCAAUACGAGGAAAAAUCGCCACUGUACGGUCUCCUGCUGUACCGUCGGCGCAAGGUCCUGGUCAAAUACGUGCCUGAGGGGACAUCGCGACUACUGCAGGCCCGCGUCAGUGUCCACUUCAUCAACAUCACCGAGAAGUUUGCGCCCCACGACAUCGUCUUGUCUAUUUCCACACCUGAAGAACUUAGCGAUGCCGCCCUUACUGCCGCCUGCACUCUGCACACCGCCGCCCCCUCGAGCUCCUCUUCUAGUGGAUCGUCGCGACAGCAGAAACUCAGCUGGAUACAAGAGGCUGCCGAGGAAGGAAACCAGCCCGAUGCAGAUGGCCACGCUGCACGACCGGGUACAGCCAAGUCCAACAUCCCCACUAUCCUGGAGCCAUCUAGGAGCAGCGAAGACGAGCCGACCAGGAGCGGAUCUGUAACAUCGCAAGCAGAGUCAGUCCCCUUGAUGCUGGAAGAGAAGGCUGUCGAGCACAAGCUGUCACCACAGAUUUCCCAUGUCACCAUGGAGACAGUAACGGAAGGGCCCACCACACCCGAUGAUACUGAUUUGUCGGACCUCCAGGAUACACUCAAAAGCUACGAUUCGCUCUUCGAAAACGGACCAGAACCACGAAGCUCAUCACAGACCACAAGGCCAAACUACGACGAGCUUUACCAGCACUACUAUGCGCAGUACACCAAGCCCAAGGUCAAGUUGGGACCACGACCGCGACCAUCGCUUGAAGGCCGAAGACCAUCCACCUCCGGCAGCGCACCGUCAGAUUUGGCAAGACCGGUUUCGUCGCUUCCUGCAGGUUUGCGCUCUGCAACACGAAAGACGGCUGACAAGAAAGAGUCCAAGACAAACUCCUCUAGCACACUUCCCGCGAUUGCUAUUCCUCCACAACACGAGGUUCCUCCGAUGCCUGAAAUGCCACAAUCUCCCGCCUCGUCCAUGUAUUCAUCGAGAGCCCCAGCCAGCACCAAAUCCAUGCCUGUAUCUGCAUACCGGAGUCACCUUAGAUCUGGAGGAACGACGCAGGAAAGGACAAGACUCAUGAAGGCUCUCGAGAUGCGCAAGAAACAACAGCAGGCCCAACAGCUAAAGAGAGAGAAGAGUGCGGAAGAUGCUGCCUUGGAGCCAGAAGUACAGGCUGAGGGCACCGAAGCUGUUACUGAGGCUGGAGACGAAACCCCGACAGAUGCUACUGUCACCGCAACCGAAUCCGAGGAGAGCACUUCCACUGCACAACCUGAAGACGAGUCCGACGCCGACAAGGAGACACUGCUUGGCGACGAUCUGUCCUCACAACGUCUGAGCAGCUCUGGUCUGGCUUUUGCAGAUCACAACCAGAACGAGACAGAUGACUUGAACUCCACUGCUUCAGUUUCAUCACCUAUAUCCGCCCAAACUCACGGUUCUUCUGGCGCACCUUCAACCAGGCCAUCGUCUAUCUCAGAAGACGAAGCCGGCAUGGAAGACUCGCAAAAGGUUGAAGAAACUGAUGAAUCACACAGCCCGGGUUCCUUGGAUGAAGAGCAAUCAGUCGACAGCGCACCGACUGUGGUGCCUGAGAGCACGACCCCUGUACCAUAUGCAGAAGCUCAGCCUGAGCUUACACAAGCUCCAGUGAUUACCGAAAGAGCGCCGUCAUUCGAUGAUGAUAGCAGUAACAGGGAUACCCUGCGGCCAAGCGAGAAUGAUGUUCCAUCACAGCGACGCUCCAACCGGGAGUCUACUAUUUACAUGCCUUCAGGUGAGACGUUUGAACAAGAUGAAGGCCAGGUAAAGAAGCGGAACAGGGAAUCCAUGCUGAUGCCCUCAUCCCAGCACCAAAGUUGGUAUGAGACCAAGGGAAAGCGGCGUGCAGUGUUGGAUCCUCUCCAAGUCAGCGCAGACAAUUCCGAGACCGAGUACCUUUCGGACGACUCUUUCAUGGAAGAACUCCAAAGUGCCACAGUACACCAAGCUAAGCCUAUGUCGGUGUCCAAAUCGCCGAUUACGCCAUUCUUCCCACGGAAAUCCUCUGCGACAGACCUGUCAACACCUCCCAGAUCAGCCUCUUCGAACUACCACGGUAUCAGCCGUUUGUCACCCGGAGAGAGUACUCGUAAGGUUUCAGGCGGAUGGCCUCCCGCGCCAAAAUCCGACACAAGCGCGCGUACGAAGAUCAACGUUUCCUCUGGCAUUUCGCAAAGGAUCAAAGCACUCGCAGACAAGACUAACAAGGAAUCGGCUUCACAAGUAAGUCUUGCUAGCUCUGCUUUGAGCACAAAAAGCUCCACCCUCGCCCAGCGUAAAUCUUCAUUCUUUGCGACAACACCUCUUGAGACCUCGCCCAAUGGGAGGUCUAGCACGCGUCUUGGAAGCCCUGCGUUUUUGACUUCAUCUGCUUCAACGACGCCUGACAAGAAGAAACAGUCGGCCCCGGUUAAGUCGACGGUAUACAACGUACAGCGAGGAGCUGAAAAGCCAGAGUCCGUGCAAGUUACUGCUCGCAUCGUUCGGGAUGAGCGGAGUAUGAAGCCGACACUUGCGAUGCCAACUGAGGGCACGCCACUGGAUCUUCAUCAAAGUCCGCUUAUCAUCGACCACCAAAAGGCAACCAUCACUCCCAAGAGCCCUACUCGUGGAAGACCCGAGCCCGCGUCUCCCCCACCUUCUUCGUCACAUUCGCGCGAGCCUAGCAACGCGCCCUCGCGUGCAUCGUCGGAGAGCACCUGGAGGAACUUUGGUCGCCGCAUGAGCGAGUCCAAGUCGGUACAUAGCCAUGAUGGCGAAGAUAAGAAGGACGACAAGAAGGACAAGAAAGACAAGAAGGAUUCUCGCACCAGCAAGAUGUUCAAGCGCAUGUCUUCUUCCAUGGCUGCUAUGCCUUGGAAGAACUCGAGUAGCAAUUUGGCACUUCCAGAGAACGACAUGCGUUCUACUUCCUUGGCAUCGCUACGGGAGCCACCGCCACCUGUGCAUGUUGGUGAUUUAAAUAUUCAGUUCCCGGACACUCUGCUUUGGAAACGACGAUGGGUCGAAAUUGAUGCCUUGGGCAACCUCGUCCUCAGUCCUUCGAAGCACAAUGAGAAGGGCAUCGUCAAGCGCUUCCACCUCAGCGACUUCCGCACGCCAUACCCACCUGACCAAGAUCGACAAGAACUUCCUAACAGUGUAGUCCUUGACUUCAUGGACGGGCGAACCUUGCAGUGCGCAUGCGAGACGUACAUGGCGCAAGCUCAGGUUCUGCAGAUUCUUCGGGAAGCGCAUGAUGCCUGGCUUGCGUACAACCAAGCGCUGUGA